CCUUUCAUUCAAUUUCAUUUCACCGAACAGCACCUCACAGUCUCACUACUUCACUAACGAUGUCGUUUUUACUAAAACGACCCAACAAUUUUCUUAAUUCCAACUCUAUCCUCACCUUCACCCUUCGCCGCCUCACCACCCUCGCCGCGAAACCCUUCCCCGACCACCCUACCUCCGCCUACUACGACGAACUCGCCGUCGAAGCCGGAACCUCCGGCGACCUCAACGCCCUCCGCGACAUCCUCAACAAGCGCUUCCAAGACGGCUGCUUCAACACCAAGCACACCUUCAGCUUCAUCACCGCCACCAACCUCACCUCCACCCUCAUCGACGACGUCGUUCGCACCCUCUCUGGCCUCAACCCUGGCUUCACGCGCAAGAGCGCGUUCGAAUCCCUCGUCACGCGCCUAUGCAAGCUCGAACGCGCCGACGACGCUCUCCAAGUGGUUGAAUCCAUGGCGGUUGAGGGAAGCUGCAGCCCCACCGCCUCCACGUUCAACCCUGUCCUCAGCCUCCUCACCAGGCAGAAAUCGCUCGACGAGGCGCGGCGCGUGGAGGAACGCAUGGCUGGAUUCGGCUUGCGGCUCGACUUGACGGCUCACAACAUGUUCCUCAUGUCGUACUGCUUCUCCGGCGACCUGGAGGCGGCGGCCGGAGUUUUGAAGAGGAUUGAGAAUGAGGGUUUGGCGGCGGACCCCCGCACGUUUGACGCGCUGGUACUCGGCGCGUGUAAGGCAGGGGUGGUGGAUGGUGCUAUUGCGGUGGUGAGGAGAAUGGUGGAAGAUGGAGUGCCCAUGUUGUAUUCCACCCACAUGUGUGUGAUCACGACGUUACUGCGGAUGAAUUGCUACAAGCAAGCUAGAAAGUAUGCUAGGAGUUUUGGUGGGAAGGAUACAACUUUGGAUACACAGCUUUUAGGGUGUUUGGGUAGUAAGCUUAUGAUGUUGAAGAAGGUUAAGGAGGCAAUGUUAAUUUUGGAUGAAAUGAACCAGAAGGGUUUGCCAAUGGGUCAGAAAUUGAAAGCAUUUUAUCUAAAGAAUGCUGGAACUGUGAAUGGUGUUAAAGGUAGGAACUAGGAAUAGUGAUUGAUAGUGGAGUUGUAGAAGGAGGGAGUGAAGUUUAGUGGGAAUGUGGAGAAGAUGAAGAGCUAGUGUUAUAAUUUGUCCUCAGAAAACAGACCAAAAUGAGUGGAAAAAUAGAAGAAAGAACAAAAGACACUGAGACUAGCAAACUUAGCAAAAUGAACCAUCUCUGCACCAAAAACAAGUGGUUGAACACCAUGAAGAGGGUACGAGGAUUCCAUUAAAAAAAUGUUUGCCCUUGGUUGAGAUUUGGCAAGAAAAAUUGAGUAUCCUGGACUACAUUCCCCGUCUAAUCGACAUAAGUGCAUGCCUUGAAACUAUAGAGUUUUUCAAGCUGCAAUAUGUUUUGGCGAGAUUGGAAGAGCAAGCUCAUGCGAAUUCUUCUGUCAAUUGAUGCAAAAUGUUUCAACUUUUAUUAGGUUGUCUCUGCUUUCACUUGUCCUUGGCAGAUAUAAACUCACUCAUGAACUGUAACCAUGUGAUUUCUACUUUUGAUUGUUUUCUAAUUUUCUGUCUGGUUCGUGAUAAUUUAACUGGCAUCUUCUUGCUAUUUGAUGGAUCUGAGAAGUAAUG